AUGUUCCUUAAAACACUUCAAGAUUUAAAAGAUAUAAUAGUUACCAAACCCGGUGUUUAUGAUGUUUAUUUGAAAACAAAUGAACCGGUUUCAGAAGAAAAAAUUCAAAUAUGGGAGUCGCUUAACAACUUAACCUUGCCAAAUGAUUUAAAAGACUUUUAUUUGACUACUAAUGGCAUCGAGCUUGGAUGGUACAGUAUUUGUAAUGAAAAAACAUCUGUAGCUGGACUAAUCAAGAUAAAUAAACUAGAGGAUUUCAAAUCCAUAAAAUUAAGUUGCAUAAAUCUUGAUGGAGAGGCAAAAAACGACGAUUUUGAGGUAUUUGUAAACAGUUUCCUGGGCCCUGGAUUCAACAGAUGGCCGACUAGUUAUGAACUAGAAAAGUGUCUGAAUGGCACUACGGUUAUUUUUGUUUUUAGUGAUAAUCAAGAAGGUGUUUUUAUUUUAAAUAAUGAUUUGAGUAUUCACAAGAUUUGCUGCACAUUUCGGCAGUACAUCAGAUUAGCAGUUGUACAUUUAGGCUUACAAGAUUGGCAACUUUGGUACACUGAUGAUGAUCCAAUUCCAAGUAGCCAACAAUUAUGUUCUUUAUACACACCUGAACGUUUGUUUCUGAAUACACGUGAAUCUCAUGAACAAUUUUCAGCGAACUUAAAAGACUGGGUUCCUGUUUCCCUUAACUCCAGGAAACUACUGAACUUUGAAUUUUCUAGUAGGAUGAAUCGUUCUAAUUCUUUUGGAAAAACUACCGUUCAAUCGGAUAUGUCGAACAAACACGGAAGAAGGUUGGAGGGGAAUUUCAAUCUUUUCCUUGAAUAUACAGAAACUUUUUUUUCUUCAGAACAACAAAACACACAACAUACUCUGUGUUGAUGAAGUGGAAAUAUCUCCAGAAAUAUUGAAACACAAAACAAAGUUACUAUGAUUAUCAUUAUUGUGUAAAUUGUUUUGAAUUUUACACGUAUUUUAAAUUAGGUCAGUUUUUUUCUUUGAUUGUUACAAAAAGCUAAACAAAACAAUAAUAACAUCAGCGAAGCAUAUUAAAUAGAAAAGAAAAACGAAGAAAAAUGCUAAUUAGGUAUUUUCUUUUUCCUCUAUCCAUGUGUAUUAGAUACGCAAUUGGUUGAAAUAUACUCAUAUAUAUAUAGAUACGGAAACAUACUGAGAAAUACACUUUACUCUAUGCAUAAAUUGUAUAUAAUUCUGUGUAUUAUAAGUAGAUAUUACUUUUAUACUAUGAAUAACAAUUGAUUAUAAAAGAAAUGUAAACCCAUCUCUUUCCUUUUACCCUAAGAUAUAGAAACAUCAUUUUCAAAAUAUGUAUCUAUCUAUCUAUCUAUCUAUCUCUAUACAUAUAUACAAAUGUGUGUUUGUGUAUUUGAAUAAUUUUUUUUUGGUUUUGUUACUUAAUGAGAACAACGGACAAUUAUCGAUUAAAUUGGAAAAUGGAAAUGAAAUUUAAGAAAAUUAAAAAAAAAUGGUUACAGAAUUUGUGAUACUUUUUUUUACUUAAGGAACUUUUAUUCAUUAUGUAUCCAUUCACUUAUUUGUUUUGAUUCAUUCUACAGUAUUUUACCUUCAUGGAGCAUAUAUAGUUUAUUUAUGUACUAAUUAAAUCAUUGCCAUUA